CCCUGUGUCCUGCCGGCUGUGGACAGCAGGACCUGGGGGAUGCCCUCAUCUCAGGAGUCCUGGAGGAGUCAGCGUGGAGCACGUGGCACCUCCCACCCCGCCCGUGGCCACGCAGGCUGCCAGGCCCUUGCUGAGGCUUCAGCCACAGCGCCCGAGGCUGGCGCACGCCCUGGGGGAGGCCCGCCCUCUGGCUGGGAAGGGCUGGGUGAGCCGCGGGUGCUGCCUAGGCGUGGAUGGCCAGGGGAGGGCGGCUGAGUGGACGCUGCAGCAGGGACGGGAGGGGCCCAGCCUGGGCCGGCGCCCAGAUCCCCCUCCCACCCUGCCCUCUGCCAUUUGCUCUGCCUCCCACGCAGGGCCCCUGUGAGCCGUCAGCUGUGCUGGCUGUGAGCCGGGACGCAGAGCCGGGGCCAGCCGCGCCCCCUCGGACCUGGGAGCCAGCUGGGGGAGGCAGUGUGCGCUCAGAGGCAGUGAGUGCUGGCCAGUGUGCACCCCAGAGAGGGCAGCUGUGCUGGUGAAAGCAGGGAAGGCGUCACAGGGGAGGUGCCACUCCCAGCUGAGGCUUGAGGAGUCCUGAGCAGGUGAGAGGUGUGGAGCAGCAGAGGUGACGGUGACGCCAGGUGACUGGUGUGGCCCCUGCGUUCUCAGGCUAAGUUCACUUCUGAGGAAUUGGUCCCUGGCGUCGACAGUGACCUGGAAAACUGCCCUGGAAGCUCGUGGAGCAACAGCAAACAGCUCAUGCCCGGAAAGACGGCCUCUCUGGGGAGCCCUGUGUCCUGCUAAGGAAAGCAGAUCGAGUGCCGGAAUCUCCAGCCGGAGAGGGGCUGGAGUCUCCAGUCCCUGCGCAGAGCUGCUGGCCCGAGACCCAGGCAGAGUGGGCACGGAGGAUGCGUGGGCAGGGCUCCGGGGCCGCCUGUCCCUGGAAUGCAGCGUCCACUUGCAGCCUGCACUGGCCAGAGGGCUCCAAGGGCGGAGAGAUAAAGAAGUGUGGCCGGGCAGGGGCCCUGCUGAGUAAGUCGAACCAGCAGUACCACAAGCUGUUCAAGGACAUCCCCGCCGAGGAGACGGUGCUCAAAGUGUGCUCCUGCGCCCUCCAGAGAGACCUCCUGCUCCAGGGCCGGCUCUACAUCUCUCCCAACUGGCUCUGCUUCCACGCCAGCCUCUUCGGCAAGGACAUCAAGGUGGUCAUUCCAGUGCUGUCGGUGCAAAUCAUCAAGAAGCACAAGAUGGCGCGGCUGCUUCCCAACGGCCUGGCCAUCACCACCAGCACCAGCCAGAAGUACGUCUUCGUGUCCCUGCUCUCCCGGGACAGCGUGUACGACCUGCUCAGGAGGGUCUGCACGCACCUGCAGCCUUGUAGCAAGAAGACUCUGAGUGUGCGGAAGUGCCCAGAGGAGCCCAGGUGUGAGCCUCUGGAGGUUCGCAUCCCCGAGAUGAAGUGGAGGAACGUGUGCCCUGCCUCCAGGUCCCUGUCUCUCCCAGAUAACAUCCCGUGUGUCCCUCGGGCGCCCACAGACUCCACAGACAGCCCCUUCCCCUCCAGGAAGCCUCCGGGGUCUGAGGCUGUGGCCACCGCGGAGGACCCACUGCAGUGGGAGCCCCCCAAGAGCAGCCCUGAGCUGAGGCUCUGGGAUUCACGGCUCCUCAAGGUCGUCUUCGUGCUGAUCUGCUUCCUGGUCCUGGCCUCGUCCUACCUGGCCGUCCGCAUCUCGCGGCUGGAGCAGCAGUUGUGCACCUUCACUUGGGAGGGCCCAGUCCCGGGGCACAGGUGACAGCUGCUUGCCCAUCGUCCCCACUCCUUCUCCAAGAAGAACAUUCCAUGGGACCUGCAUUGUGGUGUAGCAGGUUAAGCUGUGAUGCCGACAUCCUGUAUGGGCACCAGUUCAAGUCCUGGCUGCUCCACUUCUGAUCCAGCUCCCUGCUAUGGCCUGGGAAAGCAGCAGCAGAUGUCCUGAGUGCUUGGGUCUCUGAACCCAUGUGGGAGACCCAGAAGAAGCUCCUGCUCCUGGCUUCGGAUCGGUCCAGCUCUGACUGUUGCAGCCGUGUGGGGAGUGAACCAGCUGGUGGAAGACCUCUCUCUCUCUCUCUCUCUCUCUCUCUCUCUCUCUCUCUCUGCCUUAAAAAAGAACAACAUUCCGGGUGCUAUCCCUUCGGCUCACGCUGCGGCUGGGCUGAUGGAGUCUGAGGACAUUCUAGACGCCCUCCCCCACGCCCCCUCAGCGAGCGAGCUGAAGCACCUGUUACAAGGUGGUGGCUCCUGCAAGUUUUGGGGCUCCAAUGCAAAGCCAGAGUUUUGGAACGAGUUGAGGAAUUCUGCGCACAAAGCUUCAGCAGCCACUUCAGUGCGAAAGAAUCCAAGUUGCGCCUUGGGAGCCAUUCCAGGGCCGGCGGCCACACUCUGUGUGUGGAAUGCAGCUCUGUCACGCGGCCACUCCACAGCGGGCUGUGCUGGUGGGACUUGCGGGCUCUCUAGGCCCUGGGAGUCCCUGCUACAGAGCCGUGCGGGGAGCCAGGCGUGGGGCACUGGCCGAGAGGAACUGUGUCACUCUGUGGUGAGGGAGAGACUGCCCACACAGGGGACGGUGGCUGGACUGUGAAGAGAUGGACAGCCCAGCGUAGAAGUCCUAGCUGCCACUUUCUGGCGAGACGGGAGGCCCUGGAGAAGCACGGUGGCACUGGGUCUCCCCGUCCCCCAUGGUCCCACACGUUUCCAGGGUGUCCCAGGCCUGGGAGGGGGCGACAGGAAGGGGUGGGUGUUGAGCUGAGGUCUUGCUGUACUCUCCCUGCUGACACCCCUGGCGGCUGGGCUGGGGACUGCAGGGCCAAGUUCAUGCAUGCCACCUGCAGGCAUUGUCAGGUGUGGGGAGGCUCUCGGUGACGUGACGAAAGUGCCGGUGUCCCAGGUGGGCCUGGUGCGGCGAAGCAACCUGGCCGAGGGGCUACCUGACACCCGCGGGGACAGGACGGUCUGGAAGGGCCAUCACAGGAGGUCAGAGGUAUCAGGGAAAGUCACCGGCUGUGCCACGGGUGGUGUUGGAAAUACCACAGGCUUCCUCUCCGUGGACACCAAGAGGUUAAUCAGGGGCCGAAGUUCAGGUGCAGACUGUCCACUGCAGAGCCGGGACUAUCUGUUCUGCUUGUGACGAACCCCGGGGCCUUGGUGAUAUCAUGCUUCCCUGUCACUGUCCUGGCUUCAGGGCUCAGCGCCAAGCCUGGCUGUGCACGUGGCUGGCACACGAUUGUUGGUCUCAGCCGAAACUCAGGUUCAGGCCUCACUGUGCCGCCCCAGAUAAAGGCCGCGCUGUGUUUGGAACCAGCCCCCUUCCAUGGAAUCUUCAGGGGAAGAAUCCUGCCCCGGCGCUUCCACUCCCUGGGUUCUGGAAAGGCAGGGGGAACAGGUCCAUUCUCUGGGCCUUGCCAGGCUGCGCAGAGGCCGGGAGGGGCCGGGCCGGGCCGGGUCGUGCGUGGCUCUGCCGGGGUGCUGGCAGCCUGGUUUCCUGCCAUACGCCAGCCCCGGGGAGGCUCAGAAGCGUGCGGUGGAGGAGGUAGCAUUGGAGGCCUGCUUAGGCCCGGGGCUUGGCUGGUGUGGGCCUGGCCCUCUCUGUUUCUCCCUCUUGUGCCCCGGCCUGGUCCCCUGAGGCCCCUGUGCCUUUGUCACUCUGAUUCACGAGUGAGGGGUGCUUAUGGGACCUGCUUACCUUGGCCGGUGCUCCCUUGAGGCACCCAGAGUUGGGCUUAGCAACUCUUGGGUUGGCCCACUGUGGCGUCAGCUGUUGAAAAUGUGUUCAAAUGAAAAGACAAAAAAAUAAAAAACAAACAACCAAA